UGCGUGACUUUAAUUUCGUACCAGAAACAAGUAACUUUAGACCUCGAUUUUGUCUAAUAAGCCAGCCAUAUUUUUAUGUCAAAUGCCUGAAUUAUGGAGUCUAUGUAAAGGGGAAUGUCGUGCGCAAUGAGACCGCAAUAGGCUGCCAGUUAGUAUUCAAUCAGACGUCCUGGAACACGGACUGCUAUGGCGUUUUUGUCAAAAUGAGAAAUGUCAGUGAGGAUGCAACAAACCUCUGGCAAAACGACUCUUAUGAACUUUACAAUGGAACCCACUCUCUUGAGAACUAUACCAACACCACCUCGCCAAACAGAACGAGUCAGACUGGCCUGGUGCUUUGGAGAGCUGUCCCCCUUGGUCUGGUUUUGGGCACCUUUAUCAUUUUAGCCAUCGUUGGGAACAUCUUAGUCAUAUUGUCGGUGAUUUGCAACAGGCAUCUCAGAAUCCCUACGAACUAUUUUAUCAUCAACUUGGCAAUUGCAGACUUGUUGCUCGGCACAACCGUGUUGCCAGUGUCUGCAACUUUGGAAAUUGUGGACUACUGGGUCUUUGGGAGGAUAUUUUGUGACAUUUGGGCUGCUCUUGAUGUGCUAUGUUGUACUGCGUCUAUAAUGAGUCUAUGUGUGAUAUCUAUCGACCGUUACAUCGGAGUGAGCUACCCUUUGCAAUACCCUAACAUUGUGUCGGAACGCAGAGCACUUCUUGCUAUGGUUGGUGUAUGGAUAUUAUCACUAGUGAUAUCCAUUGGCCCUCUUCUUGGAUGGAAGCAACCGCCAUCGCCAGAACCCACAAUUUGUCUGAUCACAGAGGAACCAUUUUAUGCGCUGUUUUCAUCCUUGGGCUCUUUCUAUAUUCCAUUAAUAGUCAUAUUGGUUAUGUAUUUCAGAGUUUAUGUAGUCGUCAAAAGGACCACCAAAAAUCUUGAAGCAGGAGUCAUGCGAGAGAGAUUGAAUUCAAGUGAACUGACCCUUAGGAUUCACAGAGGUUCACAGAUGCAGGAUGGCAGUGGCGGAGCCAGAAGUCAAGGGCAUCAAGCAAGGAAUUCUCUCACAGUGAAAGUCCUGAAAUUCUCUCGGGAGAAGAAAGCUGCUAAAACCCUUGGUGUUGUGGUCGGGAUGUUCACCCUUUGCUGGCUGCCAUUCUUCCUUUCUUUGCCCAUUGUGUCAUUCAACAACAGCCUCCGGCCCCCUGAGUUGGUCUUCAAGGUGAUCUUCUGGCUGGGCUACUUCAACAGCUGCAUGAACCCCAUCAUCUACCCCUGCUACAGCCGGGCCUUUAAGCUGGCCUUCAUCCGCAUCCUGAGGUGCCAGUGCCACGAGGGGAGACAACCCGGGUGGAGGGGGCGGGUGCACAACUACGCCAGCUCCCAGGUGUAUGCCGGCGGCUCCACACACCGGGGCUCCGCAGGGAGCUUGCAGCCAAAUGGCAGCAAGCGGAUGCUGUCCCUGGGCCAUCGAGGUUCUAGCCCUGGCCCUGGACUGGCACCCUGUCCAGAAGAUGGGUCUUGUCAAACACUGGAGGCCAUCUCCACCUCCACAUCAGGUAAUACCUCAGACUACCAGCUGGGAAUGAUGGGAGUUGAACUCCAAUCAGCACAGGCCAGCCUCCAGAGUUGAACACUCACUUUUCACUUCUUGGGUUGUUUGGAUUUCAUGUAUAUCAUUUCACACAAUAGUAUUGUCACACUCACAUGUAAAUAUCGGCUUGUAAUAAGUAUGUUUACAUUAUAAUAGUCAGGUUUUGUUUGAAAGUGGUAAUAAUAAAUGUACAAUUUCCCAAUGAAUGUAAGUCGUUCUACUUUCUCACAGUUACCAUAUUGAUCUGAGAAAUCUGACUAUUUGAACACUA